AAGGGUAUGACCAAAAUGAAUUCCAAUUUUUUUCUUUUCUGUUUUGGCACCAGACAAGCAAAACAAAAAUAGAGGAGUGUUGGCCUUGCAAUGAAGGCAGCAGCAAAACUGAGAGUUUUGGAGUAGUUUUGGGUCCAACCUCAUUUGACUUGAGGUUAGUGUAUUAUAUAGCAACUUAUAAAUACUUGGGAAGGCCAAGAGUGCUUCAACCAGCCAAAGACACAGCUCAGCAGCUGAGUUGGUGGAUAAUGUCUGCAGAGGAGACAUCAGCUGGUGACCCCACCAGAAUUAAUGAACAACAACAGAAUGCUAGUGUUGGUGGAGUGGUGACAAUCUCUAUCGAUGUAUUACGAACUACUAUGAGGGAAAUGAUACAAGAAGCAAUGCAAGAUAUGAACACGCAACGAAAUGUUUGGAGGCAAUCUGGGGGGAAUGAGGGUCCAGAGGGGAUUGAAUUGUUUGAGGAGGAUCCUGAAUAUCAAGCCAAACUGAAGCAGUUUCAGAAGUGGCAUCCAUCUACCUGUAGGGGUACACAGGACACCAAAGAUGCUGAUGAGUAGAUACAGGAUCUAGAACAGAUAAUCAAAGCGAUGAGAUGCAAGGAUCAUUACGAAGUCCUGCUGGCCACCUUGAUGCUCAGAGGAGAGGCUGAGUUGGUGGAAACCUGUUGAAGAGAGGUAUACUGGCAGUGGGGAGAGCUUAACUUGGAGGGAUUUUAUCAAAGACUUGUAUGAGACCUAUUUCUCCCAAGCUACACUUAAUAGGAAGGAGCAGGAACCUAAAUGAAUUGUGGCAGGAAGAUAUGACAGUAGAUCAGUAUCAGGCCAAAUUUAAUGAUCUGGUGCAGUUUGUUCCCGAUGUGGCUAAGGAUGAAUUGGCCAAGAUGAGAAAGUUUCAGAUUAGUCAGCGAACUUCCAUUGGAGAUUGGUAGUCUCAGCAGAACUAAGCACUUAUGCUGCUGCAGUGAAAAAGGCUCAAGUAAUUGAGCAAUAUCAAACUGCCAAGAAGGAAAAAAACAGUGAACAGGGAGGCAAAGGUGACACAGUCAGCAACCAUGUCCAACCUCAGAAUAAGAGGGUUGAGCAGAAGGGUAAAAGAAAGAGGGGUGUUCAACAAAAAAGUAGAGGCUCGGGAAUGCAAAGUGUGCCAUCAGAACAUGAGGGCAAAGACUGGGGUGCAUGUUUUAAGUGUGGGAAGCCAGGAAUUUAGCAAGAAAUCGCAGUGAGGACCAAACAGAUGAAAAAGAGACAGAAGGUGGUUGGAAGAGUGUAUGCCUUGAAUGAGCAAGGGAAUCCAGCUGUGAUUAGAGGUUAGUAUAUUAUAUAACAGCUUAUAAAUACUUGAGAAGAGUACUUCAACCAGCCGAAGACACAGCUUGGCAGCUAAGUUGGUAAUAUAAACUUGUUCUCUGACUAAAACCUUGUCAUGGCUCACAGCUAGUUCUAAACAAGCUGGUCAUGUAAAAGUUCUUUUGUGUACAAAACUUAGUUUUCUACUUGAAAAAUAGAGCUGUACCUUUUGUUGGUAAUGUAAAUAUGCUGUUUUGUGUAAUUAAGCUCUGGGGCUAGGCAUAAAUCAAGCCAAGCUUGUGGAUUGUAUGUAUAUAAAAUCCAUUUUGGAACUUAUAUGCUCGCUAGUUACAUUUUGAGCUUAAGAGUGUUCUUUAUGAAUCAGUGAAAUGAUUUCUAGAUUUAA